AUGUCCUUCGCUUCGCAGAUCGUGGUUGACUGCCGCGGCCACUUACUGGGUCGCCUCGCGUCAGUCUUGGCCAAGGAGCUGCUGAAUGGACAGCACGUUGUUUGCGUGCGUGCAGAGGACAUCAACAUCAGCGGAUCCCUGUACCGGAACAAGCUGAAAUAUGCCGCCUUCAAGAGGAAGCACAUGAACUCCAAUCCACGACAGGGACCUUUCCACUUCCGAGCACCAUCCAAGAUCCUUUGGCGCACAAUCCGCGGAAUGGUUCCUCACAAGACCGCACGCGGGGCAGCUGCCCUGGAUCGCCUGAAGACCUUUGAAGGCAUCCCUCAUCCCUAUGACCGCAAGAAACGCAUGGUUCUUCCCAGCUGUCUGAAAGUCCUCCGCCUGCGCCCCGAGCGCCGCUCCUGCCGGCUAGGCGAUCUCUCGAAGGAGGUCGGAUGGAAGCACGGCGCGCUAAUUGAGCGUCUGGAGAGCCAGCGGAAGGUGAAGAGUGAGGCUUUCCACAAGAAGAAGGUGGCAGCAAAGCGAGCACGUUCUGAUGUUCUGAAGGCGGUGAAGCUGUCGGCCGAGGAUCAGAAGGUGCUGGAAGAAGCCGGUUACGCAUGA